AUGCCAACCCCUAACAUCUCCACCUCUGCAGCCAAAGGCUUCCGCAGGGCCGUGUCCGAGUUGGACUCCAAGCAAGCUGAGGCCAUCAUGUCUCCGCGGUUUAUUGGUAGACGUCAAAGCCUCAUCGAAGAUGCCAGGAAGGAAAGAGAGGCUGCAGCUGCAGCUACCGAUGCUGCGGAGUCCACAGAAACCAUUGUCUUUGAGGAGAAGGAUGGGAGAGCCAUGCUGAACCUCUUUUUCAUGCUCAAGGGAGCCAAGACUUCACCACUGUCCCGUGCGCUCAAGGUGUUUGAGACGUUUGAAGCUAAAAUUCACCACCUGGAGACCAGGCUUAGCCGAAAGCCCCGUGAAGGGACCAAUGAACUGGAAUAUUUUGUACGGUGUGAAGUCCACAGCUCUGACCUCAAUACUUUCAUUAGCUCCAUCAAGAGGGUAACAGAAGAAGUGAGGACCACUAAGGAAGACAAAUUCCACUGGUUUCCCAGAAAAAUCUGUGAAUUGGACAAGUGUCACCACUUGGUCACUAAGUUUGACCCUGACUUGGAUUUGGAUCACCCGGGAUACUCUGACCAAGUAUACCGCCAGAGGAGGAAAACGAUAGCAGAAAUUGCUUUUCAUUAUAAGCAUGGGGAGCCAAUCCCUCACGUGGAGUACACCGCGGAGGAGAUCGCUACCUGGAAAGAGGUAUACAGCACGCUGAAGAGCCUGUACCCCACCCAUGCCUGCAAGGAGUACCUAGAAGCUUUUAAUCUACUGGAGAAAUUCUGUGGCUACAGUGAGAACAACAUCCCUCAGCUGGAGGAGGUCUCCCGCUUCCUGAAAGAGAGAACUGGCUUCCAGCUCCGGCCCGUGGCCGGCCUGCUGUCCGCGCGGGACUUCCUCGCCAGCCUGGCCUUCCGCGUGUUCCAGUGCACGCAGUACAUCCGCCACGCGUCCUCGCCCAUGCACUCCCCGGAGCCGGACUGCUGCCACGAGCUCCUGGGGCAUGUGCCAAUGCUGGCUGACAAGACAUUUGCACAGUUCUCUCAGGACAUUGGGCUUGCAUCUCUGGGAGCGACUGAUGAAGAAAUUGAGAAGCUUUCAACACUUUACUGGUUUACGGUGGAGUUUGGGCUCUGCAAACAGAAUGGGAUAGUGAAAGCCUAUGGAGCUGGGCUCCUGUCUUCCUACGGGGAACUUUUACACUCCUUGUCAGACGAACCAGAGGUGCGGGACUUCGACCCCGACGCUGCCGCCGUCCAGCCCUACCAAGACCAGAACUACCAGCCUGUGUAUUUUGUGUCCGAGAGCUUCAGCGAUGCCAAAAGUAAACUCAGGAGCUACGCCGCUCACAUCAAGCGGCCCUUCUCGGUGAAAUACGAGCCGUACACCCACAGCAUCGAGCUCCUGGACAGCCCGCAGACCAUUCGCCACUCCCUGGAGAGCGUAAGGGAUGAGCUGCACUCGCUUAUUGAUGCGCUCAAUGUUAUCAGUUAAUGGGAGAACUGAGCUCUUUCCUUCCCCUCUUCCCUCGCAGCAACGAAACUGCCCGCACCUAGUUCCCGGCUGGUAGCUUCUGUCUUCUCCACACUUUGGCACUGCUGCCUGUCACCGUGCUAUCCCAACAGCUUUCUGCAUUUGUGUUUAGGGCCAGCUUGGAGGAGGGCAGAGGGACUGAGCAAAGGCCUGCUCAUGUUCUUGCUGGUGUUUCUAUCGACUUUGAAGCUUAGCACAGACCACAAGCAUGGGCCAAGCUACAAAGUUGGUCAAGAGCUAUAGUCUAGGCUCCCAGGUGCCAGAAAGAAGAGAGAAGCUGAUGGCAGGGGGGAGGAGAAGUGUUUUCAGUUUGAGAGGAUAGAGAGGUGUGGUUUUUUAGCCCCAAAGCAAUUCCCAGAACAACUCCACUUGAGACCUUCAGUCACCAUCAUCUGUUGCCUCUUACAGCUCCUCACACUGGAGGGAUACAGAGCUGCUCUAGGAAUUUUUCUGCCUUAACCCUAAGAUGUUUGAAACUUCAGCUCCUGGCCACCACUGAGCUCCUGAGACAGGAGGAUGCUCAGGCUUCCAUGAGCCCCCCGAGCUGUGCUACCCCGUCAAGCACUGUAGCACCUCUGAACCUCUAAACUGACCUCAGCCAGGAGCUGUUCCUCUCUCUGUCCCUCAGAGAGCAGCCCUCUCAGCCACCAGCACCCAUCCCCAUCCCAGCAAGAGCCAGCUACCCCAGACUGGAGGGAGGGAGGGGGGCCCCUUCAGGCCCUCUUUUGAA